UAAUUGUGUUUACUUUUCCCCUCUCUCUAAAUCAAAGAAUUUACAGCUGAUUACUGUAUUAUUUAAAAGACGUUUAUUGAUCUGUUAGAGCCAUGACAGAAAGUAAGAUGUUGCAAUUUUCUCCGUUCGAGUCUUCGGUCGAUUGUACCUUUUGGCACAAAUUGAACCAAAUAAAACUCGAUGAAGACAUGCUAGAAGAAAAAGAGCGCACUAUUUGGGGCACUUUUGCCCACAACGAGUCUUCUAGCAAAUUUUUGAUCGACUAUUCUGCAUUCAAUGAAAUUCCUCAGUUCAGUCAAAGUAAACAACCAAUGAGAGGUGUACUCGUCAACUUUAAUACAAUUGAGUCCUUUAAGGAUUGCGACAAAAUGGAAAUUAUCAAGAAGCACGGCAAAGAUUUGGAGACAAGUUGGAAUGAUGAGAUCGAUCCAAACAUUGCGCUGGGGAAAUUCAUCUUGAUUUGCUUUGCUGACUUAAAGAAGUACCACUUUUACUAUUGGCUUGCCUUCAUCGCACCGAAGGGUCCGCCUGCGCUCAUUACCAAGGAACCUGUUCCCAUUUCAAACAUUCUCUCUGGCGAGCAGAUCGCUCUCUUAAACUACUUGACGCAGAAAAGUGGACAACACUUCACAGUUAAAUUAAAUGACGAUGACUCUCUGGAAAUUCUGCCUUUUGAUAUGUAUGGGCAGCUCUGUUCAACUGGAUCUCGUGUAUUCUUAGGAUUUUUAGAUCCGGGUUAUCUACCAGAUACGCCUGGAUGGCCUCUUAGAACCCUUUUGAAAGUAGCGUCCAUCAGAUGGCCUGACCUGGUUGGGAAGAAGAUCAAAAUUGAAGUUAUUUGUUUGAGACUGUCAAGCUCUGAACAAGAAAAGAUUGCUGCCAGCAACAGCGUCUACCUUGAAGUUCAGUUGAGCAAGGAGACAGAAAUUGAAACGCAGUGGGUUGGAUGGGAGAGGAACGAACGAUCCAAAUUUGGCCCCAGGGUAGCUAAUCUGAGCAAAACCAUGGAUCCAGGGAGGUUGGCCGAGUGUGCAGUGGACUUGAAUCUGAAGCUGAUGAAAUGGAGGCUUUUGCCCCAGAUUGACUUAGAGGUGAUCAAAAAUUGCAGUUGCUUGCUUCUUGGGGCUGGAACCCUGGGCUGUGCGGUAGCAAGAGUUUUGAUGGGUUGGGGCGUCAGAAAAAUCUCUUUCGUCGAUUGCGGCAAUGUGAGCUAUUCCAAUCCUGUGCGUCAGUCGCUGUUUCUGCACAAGCACUGCUUAGGUGCUGGAGCUCUAAAGGCGAAAGCAGCUGCUGAGUCUCUGCUAGAGAUAUUUCCUGGAGUUGACGCUCAAGGAAUUCAACUUGACAUACCAAUGCCUGGCCAUUCUAUUACUGAAAGUCAGCAUGAAGAAGUCAAAAAGACGGUUCAACGACUAGAAGAGUUGAUCUCUAGCCACGAAGCCAUCUUUCUGCUGACUGACAGCAGGGAGAGUAGAUGGUUGCCCACCAUGCUUGGGAAAAACCACAACAAGCUGGUCAUCAAUGCUGCUUUGGGCUUUGAUUCAUUCCUUGUAAUGAGACAUGGCGUCCUGCAAGCAAGUGCUGACCCUGCCAAGGACUCCUCUCCUUCUACCCCGUCAAAACAGAAAACCAUUGACGGCCACGACCUUGGUUGCUACUUCUGCAAUGACGUUGUUGCCCCUCGGAAUAGCAUGCUGCAAAGAUCACUUGACCAACAGUGCACUGUCGUCCGACCAGGCGUGUCUCAAAUAGCGGCAGCUCUUGCCGCUGAACUUCUUGUGUCAGUUUUGCAGCACCCUCUUAGGGGUGACGCUCCUGCCAGUUUUGACCAAGAACAGUCAGCUGCUGACUCCGGAAGCCCUCUUGGUUUGCUUCCCCAUUCAGUGAGGGGUUACCUUGCACAGUUCCAGAUAAUACUGCCUGCCACCCGAUCAUUCCCCCAGUGUGCUGCGUGUUCUUCCUUGAUCUUGAACGAGUACAAGGACAAGGGCUUCGAUUUUCUCCUACAAGUGUUCAACUCACCUGGCUUCUUGGAGGACCUCACAGGCCUGUCUGAACUUCAGAAAAAUUCUGAAGAAGCUGAAAUCUGGGCACUGACCGACUCAGAAGGGGAAAUGGAAUAAUUAUCCCUCACUCCCUGCCAAUAUAUUCAAACUUAUCGGGUUCUUACGUUAGUUCUGAUUUGUUAUUGCUCAAAUUUGUUCAGAUAUUAUAUUUUGUUGGUAUUUUUUUAAACAUUUGACUUUUUUAAAAAGAAUGCAUUGCUUUAAUUAAUUUUCUAUAAGACAAUAUACAUGUGCAUGUUGGCCAAGUCUUCACCAGCGUCAGACUCCAUCGCGGACAUAUUGUAUGGCUCUUGCUUCUUCACCCAAGAUUUGAGCUCGCUUUUCAUCUGUAAUGUUCAAGAAUAAAUAACUGCUGGUUGCACAAACAAA